AUGGACGAGGAAGAAAGACCUAGGAAGUUGAUCAAGCUUCAAAAUGAUGAGCCAACGCCUGAAGAGUUUGGUCCUGCAAUGACGGGUGCUGUGGCCGUCGACACGCCUCAGGACACCGAGACCUCUGCUGCCGACACCGCGAAGCCCAAGUCUACUGAGCUCCCGGCCGACAAUGAAGCUGCCGCCAAUGAUUCUAAAGCUGAAAUUAUACCCGACGACGCCGAUGCCGCGCCGAAGAUGUCUAAGAACGCCCUCAAGAAGCUCCGCCGCAAAGAGAAAUACGAACAAGAACGCGAGUUACGCAAGGAACGGAGAAGAGAACAGAUGGCAGCGAAGAAGGAACGUCGGCGAAAAAUGUGUGAUGAGGCAAUGGCAACGGGCGGCAUCGAAGCUGUGCAAGCAUUGCGCAAGCAGUGGGAGUCCACUAGAUCCCGACACAAGCGAUCGACACUACUACCAUUCACCAUUGUUGUUGAUUGCAACUACGAUGAGCUCAUGAAUUUCAAGGAGCGUAUUUCUCUCGCAUCCCAGCUCACACGCUGUUACUCGGAGAACAGUCGCGCGCCCUGGCGCGGACACCUGAUGUUCAGCUCAUGGGGCGGAUCACUGAAGGAGCGAUUCGACACAGUCCUCACUCCCUAUAAGAACUGGAAGGGAAUCAAGAUCAUUCCCGAAAAUUUCGUGCGUGCUGCCGAGCUUGCGAAGGAGCAGAUGGCCUCGCCUCGUGGAGGCAAGCUCGAGGGGCCCUUCGCUAAAAAGGCCGAUGCCAAACCCGAGGAUGGAGAGGUCAUUUACCUCAGCAGUGACAGUGAUAAUACGUUGCAUGAACUUAGGCCAUAUGAUACCUACAUUAUUGGUGGAUUGGUUGAUAAGAACCGACACAAGGCAAUCUGCUAUAAGAGUGCGCUCGAGGCGGGGGUCAAGACAGCCAAACUGCCCAUUGGUGACUAUAUCAAGAUGUCGUCCCGCGCGGUGAUGACUACAAACCAUGUGGUAGACAUUAUGUUGGCAUGGCUGGAAUGUGGUGACUGGGGUGAAGCCUUCAUGAAGAUUAUGCCUCAACGAAAGGGCGGGACACUUCGUAAUCCAAAGGGUAAUGCCGGGGACGCCGAGGAUAUCGGGAACUUCGAGGAAGACCAACACGAUGGCGAGGAGGAGGAAGAUGAUGAGGCGACUCUGAAGAGGAUGAACGAGCAUGUGGAGGAGGAGGAGGAAAUGUAUGAAGAUGAAGAUAAGGAAGAUUAG